AUGGGAGCCAAUGCUGAUGCAGAGAAGACUGUUGUGGACUCCCUGAAUGACGGCAGCAAUGGCAACGAUCACACCUCGAACACGCCAAAUCCUCUCGACGAAAAGCCGGAAGAGCCCACGUUCGAUACCGGUCUAACGGCGUGGCUGCAAGUUCUUGGAUCAUUUUUCCUGUUUUUCAACUCAUGGGGUGUCAUCAACACGUGGGGUGCUUUUCAGACCUACUAUGAGCAGAAUGUUCUUUCGGAUGUGUCGUCAUCGUCCAUCGCAUGGAUCGGAUCGCUGCAGUCUUUCCUUCUCAUGCUUUUUGGAGUCGUGACGGGUCCUUUGUUCGACGCAGGCUAUUUCCGUGGCCUCGUUUCCUUCGGAACCUUCAUGCUCCCCUUUGGGCUAAUGAUGACCAGCAUCUCCACGAAGUACUGGCAUUUUAUUCUUGCGCAAGGGGUCUGCAUUGGUCUGGCUAGUGGAUGCCUCUUCGUGCCCUCUGUGGCGAUCCUCCCGCAGUAUUUCAAACAGAGAAGAGGUCUUGCCAAUGGACUGGCAGCCUCUGGAAGUAGCAUCGGCGGUGUUAUCUAUCCUAUCAUGUUUAACCAACUGCAGAAAAGUGCUGGAUUCCCAUGGGCGACUCGCGCACUGGGUUUUAUGUCCUUUGGAACCUGCUGCAUCUCCUUUUGUCUCAUGCGCAUGCGAUUCGAGCCGAAGGAGAAGCGCAAGCUGGUUCAGCUCUCGGCGUACAAGGAGCCUGCUUUUGUGAUGUUCAGUGUCGCGAUGUUCAUGGGCUUUUUGGGAUUCUACAAUUUCUUGUUUUACGUCCAGUCCUAUGCCAUCGACACCGGCAUCGUGGAUUCCACCCUAGGGUUCUAUCUUCUGUCGAUGCUGAAUGCCGGAUCUACUGUCGGACGAAUCCUGCCUAACUUUAUCGCCGAUCAUACCGGUCCCUUGAACAUGCUCACGCCUGCCGCCACAGCUACCGCUAUUCUCGCUUUUGCAUGGAUUGGUGUCCACAACGUCCCCGGAAUCAUUGUCUUGGCUGUCCUGUACGGUCUCUGCUCUGGCGGUUUCGUAUCAUUGCCUCCGGUCGUGAUGGCCAGUUUGACGAAGGACAUUCGUGACCUGGGUACGCGCUUGGGCAUGAUGUUUGCGACUACAUCUAUUGGACUGUUGAUUGGAACGCCCAUCGGUGGUGCGAUUCUGAACGACACGAACAAAUACCUCGGAGUACAGCUCUUCACAGCCUGUUGUCUCCUGACCUCCGCCUCGAUAUUCGCAGCCCUGAGAUUCUCGCGCACGGGGAUGAACUUCCUUAUCCGAGCUUAA